UUGCCAUACCUGAAGCAGCUCUGCAUAGACUAACAAUGUAUAGGACUUUAGCUUUGUGUCUGUGCUUGUGUGUAGCACUUUUAGUGAGUGAGGGGAAACAAACGAAGAGGAGAGGAGAGAGACACAGAAGCUCCAGACGAUUUUUAUCUGCUGUGGCAGAUGCUCCUGAGUAUGACAAUCCUUUCCUUCCAGGUCUCAGCAGCCAGUGCUUGGUGAAUGGGAUCUCUCUGUUUGAUGGGGCUCUCUGGUCUCCAGAGCCGUGCAGAGUGUGCCAAUGUAAAGAUGGAGCGGCAAACUGCCGAACUAUUCCCUGCCAAGCCAGAGCUUCUCCCACCCAAAGGUCUGUGGCCAACAAGCCCAACCCAAUGACUGCGGAGAAAACAGGUUCGAAAAGUAGCCAACACAGACUGACAGGAAAUGGAAAACCACCUGUCGGGAAAGAGGUUCUGGAAGUGAAGCCAAAGAUGAACAAGUUGGUGGUCACCCCAGCGAAAGAACCAUUCCGAAAUGUCCCCAAGAAGCAAGCGUCUCCUCUGAGAAAAAACCAGGAAGCAGUUGUGCGUCUCAGGCCUGGAAAACUGCCCAAGACCCCAGUAACAUCCCCAGGAAAAACAUUUAUGAGACAAAGCUAUUUCGAUCAUGACUACCACGAUGAUGACGACUAUCUAGAGAAUGACAGUGAUAGCGAUGAUGAUGACGAUGACAGCAGCCAUAUUUCAGUGUUUAGAUCGGCUGUUCGUCCUGCUGUGAUUGAAAGACGUCUUAUGCCACUGACACACAAUCCAGCAAUACCAGAAGUUCAACAGCCCUUAGCUCCUCCCACUAAAAAAAGUGUGAUCCUCCCCACCGGAAGGCCACUGCCAGCCCCCAACAGUUUUGGGCGUCCAGUUUUACGCAGCUCUUCUCAUAUGGAGUCACUCCCCGCUGGCUGCCUGCUAUCAGAGUCUCUUAUUGCAUGUGGAAGCUCUGGCAUCACCCAAAUGCCCAUCAUCAGAGAUCCAGGGGUUAGAAGUCUCUUUCUAGCAGAUAACAAAAUCAGCAAGAUCCCAGCACAUGCUCUAGCAGGUCUUCCCAACCUGGAUUGGCUCGACCUCAGCAAGAACAAGCUGGAUGACUCCUCUUUGGGAAUGGAUGUAUUUAGGAACUUGACGAAGCUCAGAAGGUUGAGCCUUGAUGGAAACAACUUCACUAAAGUGCCGGCUCUCCCCGCUUCUCUGGUGGAGCUCAAGAUGAAUGAUAAUAAACUCAGUGGUCUCACUCCCCACAGUUUUGAAGGUCUCUCCCAUCUGCUGACACUGGAGUUAGAGGACAAUUAUUUUCAUGAUGGAAAUGUCUCGCCUUUGACCUUUAGACCUUUAAGGAGGCUUGUUUACCUCAGACUAGACGACAAUAAGUUUAGAGCUAUUCCAUCUGGCCUGCCUGUUUCAAUACAGGAGCUCCACCUGUCUGACAACAAGAUAGAGGUCGUGCACUCGGGCAUCCUCAACAAGACCAUUAACCUCAGAGUUCUGAAUCUCAGCCAUAACCGGAUCCGAGAAGACCGCAUUGAUCCCCGGGCAUGGAUACACUUACUAAAAUUAGAGUUUUUAGACCUCUCCCACAAUAAGAUGGUUCACGUGCCCUCUUUCUUGCCGUCUGGGCUGCGGCAGCUCACCCUGCAUCACAACCAAAUCGAGCGCAUCCCUGGAUACGUGUUCGGCCACAUGCGGCCCGGCCUGGAUUCCCUGCAUCUGUCUUAUAACCGGCUGCGUGAAGACGGAAUAAAUGAGGUGUCCUUCCUGGGCCUGUACAAUUCACUGACUGAACUUCUGUUGGACCAUAACCAGCUCAGAUCCAUUCCUCGAGGUAUUCUACAGUUGAAGGCACUUCAGCAUCUUAGACUUAACCACAACUACAUCAGCUACGUCACCAUGAACUCGCUGUGUGACACUACGGCCCGCGAUGAUUCCCCUCUGGUCUCCGUUCACCUGGAGCACAACCUGAUCGAGCGCCGCAUCAUUCCACCCACAGCCUUCUCUUGCAUCAAGACCUACCACAGUGUCAUUCUGCGGCCUCAGAGGUAUGAGGGACUCCAGGAAUGAAACCCAUGCAUCAAGCUCAUGUUUACAGAACAUCACACUGAAAGAGUAUUGAGCUAUUUUGCCUUAUUUUCAUAGUCAUCAUUCAGAACUUUGAAUGUGAUGAUGUGAAGAUACAGAUGCAGCUGAUUUUUUACAUUAGAGGGAUGUAUUGUCUGUCGUCGUUGUGGAUUACAUAUGCACACAGUUGUGAUAUAAACUACUGCAGGCAUUUGUUGCUUGACAUUUGAUUCAGCUUUGUUCAUGCUCAUUUGUUCACAUUGUAGUGGGUUUUUUUUCACAGAUACAUGGUGCUAUGUGCCUUUCUUUUUUUGUUGUUGGUUGUGUUUGUCUGUUUAUUUCAUUGUCAAUUCUCUCUCUGAAACUUAAAGUAAAACUUGCAUAGGGAUUUAUUUUAUACCACAGUAUAUGCAAUAUCGUUAUUAAAAACUUAAUUAACGUGCAAAAUACACAUAUCGCUCAUAUUCUGAAUGUUUUAGUGUGUUGCAAGUUGUAGCAUUUUUUGGCAUUUAUCUUCUGUUUUGUAAUACUGUGUAUUGUGUGUUGUUGUGUUCUUUGUCACAAACUACAAUA